AUGCACCGCUCCCUAAUCCCCAAUCCACCACGCCCGUACCUCUUCCCCCUCAACGCCAUCCUCCAACCAGCCUCCUUCCACACUCCUCACAGUGUCCGCGCCCGAUUCUCCAGCGACUCCCUUCAAACCCAGCAACAGAACUCAGAAUCCCACUCCAGCCGCUCCUCAACCGUCAAAGGCCACAAAUUCCAAGAAUGGAAGGGCUCCUCCACAGCAGACCACGCUACCAACCGCGCCGCCAAAAACGACGUUACAGAUCCCGAGGUUGAGGGCGUGGUAAAAGGUAGAGCGGAAAAGCAACGAAGUUCGGGGCUUGCAGAUUCUACGAUGAGUGGUGCUAUGACGGAAAGAGAUCUGGGGAGGAAUGCGAAGAGGGCCAAGGAGGAGCAUCCGAAAAGUCCGGAGCCGAUUAUUGGAAUGAAUGAUGAGAGGGGGGAGAAGGGUCAAUGA